AUGAGCGCAGCAGCAGCCGCAGAGCUGCGCUGCAGCCAGCAGCAGCAGCAGGAAAAAGUGCAGCAGCAAAUGAAGCAGCAGCAGCAGCAGCAAGAGCCCACAGCGCAUCACCACAGCCAGCAACCCCUUCAGGAGCAGCAGCAGCGCGCUAAGCACCAACAAACAACACCAUCAGAAUCACAACCAGCAGCAGCAGCAGCAGCAGCAGCAGCAGCGCAAUCACGACCACCACCAGGACCAGGCACAUCGCCGGAAUCCACAUCACCAGCAGCAGCAGCAGCAGCAUACGCAGCAGCACCAGCAGCAGCAGCGCAAGCUGCAGCACCAAGCACAUCGCCGGAAUCGGCAUCUUCAGCAGCAGCAGCAUACGCAGCAGCAGCAGCAGCACAAGCUGCAGCACCAAGCACAUCGCCAGAAUCGGCAUCUUCAGCAGCAGCAUACGCAGCAGCAGCAGCAGCACAAGCUGCAGCACCAAGCACAUCGCCGGAAUCGGCAUCUCGAGCAGCAGCAGCAGCAGCAGCAGCACAAGCUGCAGCACCACGCACAUCGCCAGAAUCGGCAUCUUCAGCAGCAGCAUACGCAGCAGCAGCAGCAGCACAAGCUGCAGCACCAAGCACAUCGCCGGAAUCGGCAUCUCGAGCAGCAGCAGCAGCAGCAGCAGCAGCAGGCGGACUCGAGUUUGUGGGAGGGGACUGCGUUUCCGAGGAAAGCGUCGAAGAGCAGCGGCGAAAGGGCUUUUUCUUCAGCAGCAAAAGCGUCAAGUGCAGCAGACAUUCUCCGGAAGGCGCAGGGGUUCCAGAUACACUGCACGGUGCCGCGUGGGCGGUCCUUUCUUGCGCUCGCCGCGCGGCCGGACGCCGCCCCGCAGAUCGGCCGCAGCAGCAGCAGCAGCAGCAGCAGGGUUGCGGCAGCAGCAGCAGCAGCAGGGUUGCAGCAGCAGCAGCAGGGGGAGCGGGAGCAGCACCGCGCCGCUGUCAGCGCGGGGCCAUCAUAGCCAUCAGCAGCAGCAGCAGCAGCAGAUGA